CCGUGCUCGAGGUAGAAGAAGAAGCAGGACUGAAGCAAGCGGUUCGAAAUGAACGCCGGUCUCGCGUCAGCCACUGGCGGCAGAGGAUGCGGUCGAGGGUUCCAAAGGGGAAUCAGUUUCUCGGGCCUUUUCAACAGCGGGCAGGACACCGUCGGGGAGUCAGCGUGGAAGCCCAUACUGUGCUUAUGCAUUGUCAUCCUGGUCCUGGCGGCCAUUGUUGUCUUCCUGCUGAUAUCGAGAGAAAGCUCGUCGGAGACACCUCAUAGCUGUAAGCGCCUGAUGUGCACGGACCCGUACGAAGCACUGGGAAGCCUUCUGAACUACAGCGUAGAACCUUGCGACGACAUGUACGCCCACGUGUGCAGCAGGUGGACCAGCAACGCAGAGCAUGCGGGGUUCCUCCAGGAGUCGCUCGACUACUACCUGACCAAGAUGCACGACGUCUUCGAGACCUCAGAUGGCAACGCCGUGGGGGAAGAGCUCAGUGAUGGCUUGCGGACCGGCGGCGUCCUCUUCGCGCAGUGCCUGGCUGCCAUAAAAGGCAGGGAAAUGAUCCAGCGGGAGGCCGGGGUUCUUGUGCAGGAGCUUUUCCUGAAAAGAAUAAUUGACAGCAAGUCGCCGACCGAAGCCGUGAGGGAGGGCACGGAAAUCUCGUUCACGUUCAACCUGAACGGUUUAUUGACGUUGCGUCCUCAGCGGCUGGACACUGCAGUGGUGAUGUACGCAUUCAAGGGAAGCGCCGUGACGCCUUCUUUACCAGCCACCGCUGAUGUGAAGCAGUGCGUCAGGGACUUCGUUUCGUCCACGGCCAUCGUGACAGACGUCCAGGCAGUUGCGACUGCUGUACUGUCGCUGGAUCGCAUCGUGGCAACAUAUCAUCGUCGUGCAAACUCUAUGCACAAGAAGAUAGCUGCGAACCUACUUCCAGAAGUGUCUCCCACCCUAAAGGCGCUCGUCGCAAAUCCCAUGGAAAGCCUGACUAAAAUGUCCAGCUUGAGCAAAGGAUAUCUUCUCGUUCGCGACUACGAAAGCACGCUGGACCUUGUUCACUUUUUCACGAGACCUUCCAGCUCAUACAUCCAGUGGUAUCUCGUGGUGCAAAUGCUGGUAGACGUGCUCCUAUUCGACUACGUGGCGAGGUAUGAGCUGAACGACAAGUGGCAGGCGCUGCGUGCCUGCUCCGUCGUCGUGAACAGGGCCAUGUCCCACGUAUGGUCUUCCCUGAGCAGGCAAAUGAUGCUGAACAAGACGAGCCACGACCCCAUUACUGAACUGUUCGAGAACGUUAGGAUGGAGCUCACCUCCAAUAACGGCUACCUGCACAAAUUCGUGAGCGAUCCCACCUUUUCUCGACUGCGGAAUGCCCUCGGGAAUAUCUCGUUCGUGUCCAAUCGUGAGCUCUUGGAGCACCAACGUAAACUCGUUCUCAGGAGUAGUUUGAUGGUGCCGUCUAACCAGCACUUCGUGCGCUCCUACGUGGACGUUAGCCAGAAAACACGUUCCGUGUCGCUCACGUGGCCUCCGGACGUUCUCUGUGACAUCGCUGCACUUUUGGAGAUGGAACUGACCCCAUCAUAUAGGGACGAAACGAAUUCGCUGUUCCUCUCCACGGCCCUCGAACUGCCUCACAUUUUCUACUCGGACGACACGGCAUGCUUGCUCAACUACGGCGUGCUCGGAGCUGCACUGGCGAGAGAGCUGAUCCUAGCCGUCGUUCCGGGCGCACAAUUGGACAAGCUCAGGGCGGUGUGGACGCCGCCGGCGGCCCGGCGGCUCAUGGAUCGCAUGACUUGCUACGUGGACACCGCCGUAACUCAUGACGAGCGUAACGCGACCGACUUCAAGCUGGAGCUCUUCCCGUGGUUGAUGAGUGCCAGGGUCGCGUAUGACGCACUGAAGAGGCACUUCAGUUUUGCGCAGGUCGACAGCUCGACGUGGAAGACGGUGCAGAAGCAGUUCUUUCUGCGCUUCUGCCUGGCGGCGUGCCAUUCGUCUAACGCCGCGGUGGUCAGCCCUCGCGACAAGUGCAUCUGGCCGCUCUCUGGGAACCCCGCGUUCGCCGAGGCAUUUGACUGCCCCGAUACCUCGCGCAUGUCGCGUCGGAUGUGUCGAACAUAGACGCUCGUGUCUGGUAGACGUUGGUUAAUGAACGAUUUUUUUUUCUUUUAUUUACGUGGAGUAUGUUGCUUGCGCCUGAUUGUGUCAUCAUAACGCAACGGAGCCAACCAUACUUUUAUAACUGCGACGAGGACGUUUUUUAAUCGCGGGCGUUAUUUUUUGCCUAACGGCACUUAAAUCGUUGCCUUUUAUUCCGAUAUAAAACUUCCAUAUGGGUGUGAC